UAAAUUUAUUUCAUUAAAAGUUCUUACUUAAAAUAACUAAUAGUUGCAAGAACAUGAUAAAUUUUACAAUGACAGUAAACAGAUUUUGUAUGGAAUGUAUGAAAGAUGGUGAGUUCCAACAGUUACAGUUUGUAAUGAUUAAUUUACAAAGUGGCAUGUGGCUUUGUCCAAACACAAAGUGCACAUUUCCAAUGAAUUCAAGUCUUUUAAAGGAUUACAUUGAAGAUAAUAUAACUAGUGAAAAAGCUCUUUUUUUCAUAAGCAAAAAGAAAAGGAAGCAAAAGAAGAGAAGCUGUGAUGAUUCUGAAUUAACUGUAGAUAAUGUUAAAAAAACUUCACAUGGUGUCCUGACCUCUUCAGAAUGUAGUACAAGCUCUUUAGGCUCACCAACAGUAACAGAUAGCAAUGGAUGUUCAGGCUCAGAAAAAAGUUUUAAAAAUGAUAAUAUUCAAAAAUAUCCUUUUUGGGAAAAUGACAAAUUAUUGUGUUGGCUUAACACUUCUCUUUCAUUAUUAAUAUUAAACACCACUAUUCAGAAGCAUAUCUUUGAAGAAAAAAGACAAUGUUUUCUUUCUUAUAUUUGUGAAGAGUAUGCAAAAAUACAAUCGAUUUAUCAAACAAAAAACUCUUACAGUCAUGCUAGAAAAUAUCUACAAGAACUACGAUACACAACACUAAAGUUUCUUGAAGCAAGACUUUUUGCAAAAUACAAAGACGGGGAAACACCUUCGAUCUGCCUUCCUAUUCUUCUAAAGACUGAUUUGAGACUGUAUGAAAAAGUUAAAGUUAAUUAUAGCUAUCAAUUUAAGUGUCAAAACUGUCAGGUUGAAGGUUCAGAAAGUUUUCAGAAAGUUAUGAUUACAAUUCCACACGCUGACACUGAAUUGAAAUUUGGUAACAAUAUAUCCUUCAAGAGAACAUGUACUAGUUGUAACCAUGGCACCCAAGAUACAACAAUUUUAAUAGAAAGGUACCCACCACUGAUGUUUUGUCAUUUUCUACAAGGGGUUCAUAACCAAAUGUAUUGGAAAGAUCUAUCGUUUACCACUCCGUCAGGAGAGAAGUAUAUUGUUACACAAAUUGUACAGUAUGUGAAUAAACGACGCCAUUUUUUACUGUGGAGUUUUAGCCAUUUAGAAAAGUUAUGGUUGUGUGCCGAUGAUUUAAAUGAUCCUGUUACAGAGUAUAAGUUUGCUAUUCCACAAUGUCCCGCAUCGGAAGUUUAUAUACUUGUUUGGGAAAAAGUGGAAAGUUUGUCAUUUGAGAAAGUUUUAAAAGAGCAAUGCAGAAGUUUGCAUGUAUCAAAAAGUUGUGGUUACGCUUCCGCUACAUCUAGUUUAGAUGGUUUCUCACCGAUAGGCUCUCCGUGUCAAGUAAAAAGUUCAAUGGUCGGUUUACGUUAUAAACCUUAUGUAUCGCGAAAUAAACAUUUUAUGGCUAACAAUUCUAUAACUCUUUCAGAUACUGUUUUAUCUUCCAAAAAUGACAUUGAUAAAUUAACUGAUAAUUAUCCAGAUUUUGAUAUGAGAUCAAUCGUUGAUUCCGAUCUUAAGAUGGAUGGUGGUAAAAAUUUUAAUCCUUUACUUGACAAUAUUCUGGAACGUGUCAAUGCGGUUCUUGAUAGCGACUUUAACGAACUGUUAAUGGAAUCAAGUAAUAAUCAGUUACAUUCUAAUGUUUCUUUAGAUAUGUGCGACCUUGACAUGUUGCUAAAUUGAUUUUUAAAUAUUUUUUUAUAAUUAUUGAAAAAUAUUUAUAUUCGCGUUUUUAA